AUGAAGGCUUUACAGUUGACCAUAAAUUUCAAUAGUAAUACAUGGAGUCCAUCUAUGGAUGACUUAGCUGGUGAUAAUUGUCUUGAAAAAAUAAAAUACUUUCCAUUUGCUCCAUCUAUAAAAGUAGAUAAACUUGGUUCAGUAUGUGAUUUCUCAUAUACAAGUUAUUCUAGGGCCCGUGAAGCAAAAGUAAUGCAAGUUGAGAAUCAUGACUUCCAUUUAGUUGAUUCUCGUCCAUUCCCAAAAACAAAGAUUCGUUAUAUUCAACGAAGGUUUCAAAAAGAAACAACUCAAGCAUAUCAACAAAAGCAACAACAACAAGAGAAAGCAGAACUACUUGGUAGGCAGGGUAAACGUGGAGGUAAAUUAAGACAAGGAGGACAGAAUUAUCAAUAUUCACGUAGUAGAUUUGUAUCACGUAUGCGUACACUUACAGAAUGGUCUAUAGAACCACUAUCUUCUUGGACAUCUAUAGCAGAAAUACCAUUGACAAGUUUACCAAAGCAAUCACUAGAUAUAAGCCGUUUGAAUGUAGAGGAUAUAGCUUGGUAUGGUACUCUAAGAUGCUACAAUAAAUCUAUUGAUAGAAUAUCACCAAAAUUACCUGUACCACUACGUGACUUUGGUGGUGCUGAAUUUUUGCAACCAACAACAUCUGAUGAUGAUGUACUCCGUGAAGCACUACUAAUACCUGAGAAAAGUGUUGAUGUUGCAAUUACUGAUCAGAUACUAGCAUGUUUAGUUGCAGCUACACAAUCUAAGUAUUCAUGGCAUAUUUUGGUUACUCAUAUUGAUGGUAAACUUAUCUUCGAUAAACAAGAUGGCUCAAUUAUUGAUUUAGUUACUGUUAAUGAAACAUCUGCAGAACCUCCAUUACCAGAUAAUAUCAAUAAAAAUAAUCGUCCUCAUUUAUUAGGAAUGGAAGCUUUAAAGGCUAAUCAGAAUUUUACACAAAAUAUUUUAUUGGAAGGUGAUGGUGGAAUUAUACAGAAAUAUGAUCCUUCUCCAUUUACUGAAAGUUGUGCUAAUUUUACAGAAUCUAAAUCUUAUAGAUAUCGUAUAUUUUCUUUGCCACCAAGAACUGGGGCAGCUUCUACUGAAAUUGCUCAGAGAGUUGUUCGUGUAGCAAUCCGUACAGAAGUAGAUGCAAAAUUACAAAAUACUACAGAUGAGAAUGGAUUAAUAUUUGCAAGAGCACUAAGUGAAUACGAUAUGAAAACAAUAAAAACAUGGAAUACUCAGCUUGAAACCCAAAAGGGUGCAUUAUUAGCUACAGAAAUUAGAAAUAACGCUUGCCAGCUAACAAAGUGGGCUACUCAGGCUUUGCUAUCAAGUUGUGAUACUCUAAAACUUGGUUAUAUAGUGAGACGUUCAGCAAAUGAUAGAGAAAAUCAUGUGAUUAUGAGUGUCCAGUCAUACAAAACAAGAGAACUCAGUGCUCAAAUGGGACUUAAGGAAGAGAAUGCAUGGGGUAUCACAAGGGCUCUUAUAGAUCUCCUUGCAGAACAACCUGAAGGUCAAUAUGUCAUACUGCGUACUCCAGUUAAACAUGUCCUUAGAAUAUAUAAAUUACCAGAGGAGGAAAGCAGUGAGCAGAUGGGAGAAAAUACAUAUAAUCAUAAGCAUGAUAAUUCAAAUGCUAAGUAG